UUGAACUCAACGAAAUCACAAUUUCUAGCCAAAUGAGCCUUCUUUAUGAGGCAGCCUAUAGUGGGAACAUAUCACAGCUAAAUUCAUUGAUACAGCAAUGCUCACAUAUCUUGCACAAUACUUCGCAAACUUCCUUCACUGAAACUCCUUUGCACAUCUCAUCUUUGCUCGGCCACCUUCAAUUCACAAAGAAACUUCUUUCACACAAACCUAAUCUAUCCCUUGAGUUGAACUCCUCCCGAAUGACAGCUCUCCACUUGGCUUCUGCAGAGGGUCACAUCCACGUCGUGAAGGAACUUCUAAGAGUGAAUAAUGAGCCAUGCUUGUUUCGUGAUGAAGAAGGCAGAAUUCCUCUUCACUAUGCUGCAAUGAGAGGGAGAACAGUGGUUGUGCAAGAGUUGAUCAGAGCAAAGCCAGAGUCCCUGAGUUUUCGUCACCAAGGAAAAACUGUAUUUCACUUGUGUGUCACAUACAACCAUCUGGAGACUCUCAAAGCUUUAGUGGAAUUGGAGUCUGCCAUUACUGGUGAGCUUCUCAACUGCAUGAGCUCUGAUGAUGCUGGAAACACCCUUCUCCAUUUUGCUGUCAUGUUGAAGCGAGUUGAGGUGAUAAGCUAUCUGGUAUCAAUUCCAGAAAUAAGAGAAAUAGCAAACUUGAAGAACCAGAUAGGCUUGACAGCCCGGGAUAUCGUGGAACAUAGUCCAAUAAAAGACUUGAAAAUCUGCGAAAUACAACACAUGCUGGCAAAGGCCGAAAAGGAACGAUUUGAAGCUGAUCAUCAUCCACAACCACCACGGUCAGCAUCUACUGAAGUUGAACUUCCUCAGAAGGGUAAUUGUUGUAUGAAGACGUUCCAGUGUAUUGGAAAUUGGUUUAUGAAGAUUUUGAAACGGAUUGAAAAUUGGCUGAAGCAUGAGGAUGAUUGGUUAGAAAAGAUGAGGGGGAAUCUGAGUCUGGUGUCAACUGUGAUAGCAACUAUAACCUUUCAAGCUAUGAUCAAUCCACCUGGUGGCUUCAUUCAACAAGGCUUGUUAUCUAAAAACAACACGGCAUCAUCAAAUGACCUUCUCAACUGCACGACCUUUUAUGAUGGUAACACGUAUUGUCCUGGAGAAGCAAUCUCAUUCCUUCGUCUCCCAGAUGACUUUCAGCAGUAUCUAAUUUUUCUUACCGUCAGUUUUUAUUCAUCACUUGGGGUCACCCUCUUGCUUGUGAGUGGGUUUCCUAUGAAGAAUAAAGCUGUGAUAUGGCUGCUAUCAUUAGGUAUGUGUAUCACUCUUUCUUCCCUUGCGUUUGCCUUUUUAAGUGCCCUCUCAAUAGUGGUCCCAACUCAUCUUUUGGAAGGGAAUGCAAUUCAGACCAUGAUGUGGGUAACAAUUAUGGUAUGGACCAACUUGCUUGGGUUAAUCUUGGUGUUAAUCACACUGCGCUUUCAAUUUUGGAUUUGGAAGAGAUGUGCCAAGAUAAUCAAGAGAUUAAGAAGUUGGAGGAGUGAAAAUGGAUGUUGCAGAUUUGCACCUGUGUUUUUUAUGAUAGUUCUUAUCUUUUUUCUGAUAGUGAUUAUUUUGGUUCAAUUGAUUAUAAUAUUUUACCUUAUUUCUCGGGAUUUGUUUUUUAUGAGUGGCCUAUAAAUACACUCACUAUUUAAUGAGUGUCUUAAUUAGAGUUAUUGAAUUUCAUCAAACUAUUAUUAUCAUGCUACUUGAAAUAUUUAUUGAGUAAGUAUUUUUAAGUCACUCACUAGAUCCAAAUCCUAUUUAUUGUAAUGUUGUAGUAGCAAAAUAUGUACAUCACAAUGGUGCAUACCGUAAUUACAUAUAAUCCCGUAGUGUGUAAGUAUGUGAUCAUAGUAAAAUU